CCACAAUGUUCAAGUUGAUAGUGUGUGCUUUAUUAGCUGUCGCGGCUGCUGAGCCUGGAGUCUUCUUGACGCCUCCCGUGACGUCCCUAACAACUGUGGUUUCUCCGGGAUCUACAACUAUCAGUAAGCUGGCCAGCAGCGUCGUGCAUCCCUCACCCUUGGUCUACUCUACACCGUAUGGCUACACUCAUUUCAUCAAGAAGAGGUCUGCUGCACAUGCUGCGUAUAUCGCUCCUGCAUCAUACUCUGCUAUUUCUCCCGUCGUAGCAACCACCUACCACGGUAAAACUCCUCUCCUGGCUUCGACCUCCUACGUUUCUUCGAUUCCUUUAAUCUCGCAACCUAUUGCGUAUUCUGCUCAUUUUAUCAAGAAGCGCUCUCCACAAUGGCCCGUGAGCUACAUCGCUCCUAGCUCCUACAUCACUCCCAACACCUACAUCGCAAGUGGCCCUCUUGGAGCCACUACCUACACGACACCCUUCGUGCAGACCGUGCCGAUCGCAUCGACUGCAUCACUUCCCGUCGCAGCUCAUCUGAUCAAGAAGAGGUCUGCCCCCGUGCUGGCGACAACUUACACCGUACCUACUACUUACACCGCUGCUCUCCCAGGAGUUUUCUCUCAUCAGUCCAGCUACAAUUUGCACGGCGCUCCUCUUGUUACAUCUUACACGACACCUCUGGUGUACUCUGCUCCUAUUUCAACUCACGUCGUUUAAGUGGAAAUAAAAAUAAGCUAGUUAUUCUUAACUUUUCAACAAAAGAAGUCAUCGAUAAGGGCCAAGAGCUAUAAUUUCGAUAAAGCAUUAAUACAUGAUUUAAGUGACAAUCACAAAAAAUGUAAGAAAGUUAAAUUAAGGUAUGGACACAAAUUAUCAUUACCAACACGAUCGAAUUAUUUACAUGUAAAAGU